CAGAUUGGCGCGCGCAGGAGGUCAUGGGACUUCAGCAUGGCGGUGUUUGCAGAUUUGGACCUGCGAGUGGGUUCUGACAUGAAGGCUCUGCGCGGGCUGGUGGAGACAGCCGCUCACCUUGGCUAUUCAGUUGUUGCCAUCAAUCAUGUCAUUGACUUUAAGGAAAAGAAACAGGAAAUUGAAAAACCAAUAGCUGUUUCUGAACUCUUCACAACUUUGCCAAUUGUACAGGGAAAAUCAAGACCAAUUAAAAUUUUAACUAGAUUGACAAUUAUUGUGUCCGAUCCAUCUCACUGCAAUGUUUUGAGAGCAACUUCUUCAAGGGUCCGGCUUUAUGAUGUUGUUGCAGUUUUUCCAAAGACAGAAAAACUUUUUCAUAUUGCUUGCACACAUUUGGAUGUGGAUUUAGUCUGCAUAACUGUAACAGAGAAACUACCAUUUUACUUCAAAAGACCUCCUAUUAAUGUGGCAAUUGACCGAGGCCUGGCUUUUGAACUUAUCUAUAGCCCUGCUAUCAAAGACUCCACAAUGAGAAGGUAUACAAUUUCCAAUGCCCUCAAUUUGAUGCAAAUCUGCAAAGGAAAGAAUGUAAUUAUAUCUAGUGCUGCAGAAAGGCCUUUAGAAAUAAGAGGGCCAUAUGAUGUGGCAAACCUAGGCUUGCUGUUUGGCCUUUCUGAAAGUGAUGCCAAGGCUGCAGUGUCCACCAACUGCCGAGCAGCACUUCUCCACGGAGAAACUAGAAAAACUGCUUUUGGAAUUAUUUCUACAGUGAAGAAACCUCGGCCAUCAGAAGGGGAUGAAGAUUGUCUUCCAGCUCCCAAGAAAGCCAAGUGUGAGGGCUGAAAAGAAUGCCCCAGUGUCUGUCAGCAGUCCCUUCUUCCCUUUUAUACUUCAUCAGCCACAACAAAGAGAAAACCUUUGUGUGAUUUACUGUUUUCAUUUGGAGCUAGAAAUCAAUAGUCUAUAAAAACAGUUUUACUUCCAAUCCAUUAAAACAACAAACAAAACCUA